CAAUAUUCCGCGUACCUGACCUUCUCGUCCAAGAGCCUACCUCACAGCAUCAUGUCGGACUGGAAGAAAUAUGACACCUAUGACGUGCCCAUCGACCCCAAGCAGCAGGACAAGGCGACCACCCUCAAGCUCUACAGCUUCCGGCGCCCCCACAUGCGAGCCUUUCACUUCGCGUGGUUCGGUUUCUUCAUGGCCUUCGUCUCCUGGUUCGCCUUCGCCCCCCUCAUGAAGGAGAUCAAGGCCGACCUCGGCAUGACCAAGAACGAGGUGUACAACGCCAACAUCUCGUCCGUGUCCUCCACUAUUCUCUCGCGUUUCGUCGUGGGCCCCCUCUGCGACACCUUCGGCGCGCGCAUCACCUCCAGCACCCUGCUGCUCAUGGGCUGCAUCCCGACCUUUUUCGCCGGCCUGGUGAACAGCGCCACCGACGUGGCCAUCAUCCGCUUCUUCAUCGGCGUGAUGGGCGCCACGUUCGUGUGCACCCAGUACUGGACGUCGCAGGUGUUCGCGAAGGAGUUCGUCGGCACGGCUAACGCCACCAGCGCAGGCUGGGGAAACCUGGGCGGCGGUGUCACGCAGAUCUUCAUGGUGGGAAUCUGGAACGCCUUCAAGACCAGCUACGAUAGCGAGACCGCGUGGCGUCUCUCGUUCCUCGUGCCGGCGGCCAUCGUGUUCUGCGUCGCCAUCGGUCAGGUGUUCCUCGCCGACGACUGCCCGAAGGGUAACUACAAGGAGCUCGAGGCGCACGGUGCCAUGACCCGCAAGUCCUCCGCCGUUUCCUUCAAGAAGGGCUACUCGAACGUGAACUCAUGGAUCAUGUUCGCCCAGUACGCCGCCUGCUUCGGCGUUGAGCUGACCGUCAACAACGUGGCGGCCAACUACUUCUCUGACGAGUUCGGUCUGUCGACCUCCAAGGCGGGUAUGGUGGCGUCGUUGUUUGGGCUCAUGAACCUCUUCGCUCGGUCGGUCGGCGGCAUCUGGUCCGACUUCCUCUACCGCAAGUUCGGCGCGGGUGUUACCGGCAUGCGGGGACGCUUCUUCGCCCAGUGGUCCGCCCUCGUGUGGGAAGGCUGCUUCCUCUUCCUCUUCACCUACAUGAACACCCUUGGUGCGGCCAUCCCCAUCCUCAUCCUCUUCUCCGUGGGCGUGCAGAUGUCCGAGGGAACCUCGUACGGCAUCGUGCCGUACAUCGUCCCGGACGCGACGGGCGCGGUGUCGGGCAUCGUGGGCGCCGGCGGCAACUUCGGCGCAGUGAUGUGGGGUCUCAUCUUCCGGUUCGGCCCCACCAGCGAGAGGUCGGUGUUCCGAAUUAUCGCGGCGAUCGUGGUUGCCCUCUCGUGCACUACGCCGUUGAUGAAGAUCCGCGGGUACGCCUCGUGCUUCGGUGCGCCCAAGGGAGAGCCAGACUCCAUCGCGGAGAUCUAAGAGUCUUUCGUGGCCACCGUCCGUCCAUGAUGCAAUGCACGGACCUCUCGCGAUGAGUAAUGAUGGCACACAACGCGUUGGGGAACUGCUGGUGGCGUCGGAGCAUUCUUGUCUUUGGGUUUACCGGCACUAUUGAUGGUAUGACGGAGUCAUGAAUGGUAGAUACGGUAACUUGUGAAUAGGUAUUGAAGGAGCGUGCUUGUCUGUUCCUUUUUGAUCGUCAGCGAGUGAAAGUCGGGUUGGUUUUUAUCAAAUACGAAGAAUAAUAUGGGCGUCGACGCCCAUAUAUAUGCAUAACAGUCUCGUCAUAUACCUCUGGAACAUAACACGUGUGCGCGCUUACAGCCGUCCCAUGGCGUACCACGCUCGCGUUUUGUGGAGGACUAGCUAAAUCGGGUCUAACGAGAUAUUAUUAAGGUCUACCUCUGGUUUAAAGCCCGCGCGUUGCGAAAGUCGUCCAUCUCACCCCAUGUGAGUGCAUGAUAGCAACAAAUAUCCUUGUGCAGGGUGGUUGGUAGCCGAAAAUUUUGUUUGAGCUCCGCAUGUAGCAAAUCUCAAUAGGUGCUGUUGUCUACGAGGCUCCGAUACGAGAUCACAUGUUGUUGGAAGGGGAGGUGACAUUGCCUCAGUCAUACCACGGAACGGGUGUCAUUUUCUACCUCGUCCAAAAUAUGUUGUAAUGACCAGUAGUAGCGCUCUGUCCUGGGGGAAUCAUAGUGGUAUGCUUGACGGUAGUCUAGGAGUGAAGGUCAUCCGUCUGUAGGGUUGUCAGCAUCGCUUCCCGAUAGCUGAGCGCUGGGCAUCCACGCGUCGUUUUUUUAUUUGGAAGGAGGAUAAACUUGCGCGGAUUUAUAUGACUUCCCAUUCUUGCAUCGUGCGGAGUUCUUUAGAGGGCACGCUUGUUUGGGAGCGUGCGUAGAGGAAGCAGCAGGAAGUAGUUCGCGGAGUGCGCCGCCGCAUCUGCUUCUGCUCUGAUACACAUGAGGUACGAACGUGAUACGAUAUACAGUAGUGUACUUCGUUCCCCCCUUCGACUGUGAUGAAGAGACGGCCAUUUUUUUUUUUUCGAGGACGCGUACUACUGAUACUGAACGUACACUCGUGUUCAAAACAAAGAGAGGUCGGUGAUAAAAUAAUAAAAUAAUAGUGUGUGUUGGUUUGAUGUUUUUGAUCAUAUGCUCAGGGACAAAAGUAGCAGCAGUGAAGCAAAGAAUUUCAUGACGUGUAUUCGAACGUGCGUUGUCACAAUCUACGGGAAGAUUUGGGUUGCCCGAGGGUGUCAGGACCGCAGACAUGUGGCAGAGGGAGAAACCAGAAACUGAUCGUUAACUCACCAAGCUUUUUG